ACCAGUAUGGGACAGACCCAGGAAAAAUUAGAAGAAGAACAAACUGACCAACUGGAAGACUCGGACUCUAACAGUAGCCAGUUAGACAGCCACGAUGAUGUCAUGAAGGCAGGAAGUGCCUGUGAAGAGGAGGUUGGCAACACAGAAGAAAAAAGUAAUACACUGGUGCCAGACACGGAAAAUUUGAGCCACAACCGGGAGCCAGAAACACCUUUCAUUGAGAAAUACAUCAACUUUUGGGGGAGAGCUUUUGCUCUAGGCGAGGUCAACCAAGGAAAUGGUAUAGGAGAAGGAGGCAGGGCCGCCACCUUAGUACCACCAGCCGAAAAACCAAAAGGUAGCGUAACGACCAAAGAACGACCUCAAGUAAACAGCCUGUUCAAUACAAAUAAGACCGUAGAGAAAAGUGGAGAGGAGUUUGACGCCUCUUCCAAAAUGGAGGACCAAGGCGAGGGUAACCAAAACAAACAUGAGCUAUAUGUGAAAAGUGGACCUUCAUGGGAUUCAAACUCUUUACAAGUGGAAUCGUACGACGCCACCAAUCCAUCAGCCACUGAUCCCGGUUUUAUCUUGGAGAAGCUGCUGAUGAGAAACCGGAAGGAGACGUGUCCAGCUCUUGAGAAAAUAAAGGACAUGGAAACCGAUGACAUGGACAUGGAGCUGGAUUUGACCACAAUUGGUGCGAUCGCCGCCGAAGAAAGGAACGCACCAGAAUAUUUGACCCGGAGCAUUUUAACGUCUUCUACAAUCAAAGCCACGCAAGGUGACUUUGAAGUAGCGGGUCCCGCUGCUCACGUUAACAAAAAAUCCAAAAUUUCCAAAAGUGAUAAAGUAAAGAAAUCAACAAAGGCACUUGACAACAAGACAAUCGCUCCGAAUCUAGCUACUUUGAACACUUUAGAAUCUAAUGCUUUAAAUGAAAGAGAAUCAUGUGAAGUCAAGUGUAUGAUCAGCGAGGAGGCCAUGCAAUUCUACGGGUUGAGCCAAAAGGAAGAUUCAGAAUUUGUUCUUCCCAGAACAGAUGAGGAUUGUAACUCAAUUUGCAAGAUGGACGAAAGCCUCACGUGGCAAGAGCUUCCCGCGACAAACAAAGAAACUGAAACGCAUAAUCAGCAUGAACGAAAAUCCGCCAAAGAAAGGGACGAUAGCAUUUUACUCCGAGAAAUAUCCCCCGACGCUGCCAGGUCUAGGCAGGUCUCUGAUCUCAUAAAGGAAAACAUACAGCUGCACGAGAAGCGUCUGCACCAGGAUUGGGCCAAGCCUACUGGGGUCAAAUGCGACGAGCAAGGUCAAUCGGUGAAGGUAGCGCAGAUGAAAGCCACCUUUGACUCGCGUCAAAAAUCCCCGGACAAAGCACUCGAGAGGAAGCCGACCAUCAGAAAAGAUAUGAAAGGAGUCGUACGGAAGAGCAAAUUCCGGCACGUCUUUGGCCAGGCGGUGAAAAAUGAUCAGUGUUACGACGAUAUCCGGGUGUCAAGGGUCACGUGGGAUAGCUCAUUCUGUACCGUUAACCCCAAGUUUGUUGCCAUAAUUAUUGAAGCGAGUGGUGGCGGCGCUUUCCUAGUUCUUCCUCUUCACAAGACGGGACGUAUCGACAAAGCCUACCCAACAGUAUGCGGUCACACGGGUCCAGUGUUAGAUAUUGAUUGGUGCCCCCACAAUGAUCAGGUCAUUGCCAGCAGCUCUGAGGACUGCUCAGUGAUGGUGUGGCAAAUUCCUGAGAAUGGCCUUGUAACUCCCAUGUCUGAACCAGCUGUGGAACUGAAAGGUCACUCCAAGCGAGUUGGCAUAAUCACAUGGCACCCUACAGCUCGCAAUGUUCUUCUCAGUGCAGGUUGUGACAACGUAAUCAUGAUCUGGAAUGUGGGCACUGGUGAGGCCUUGAUCACCUUGGAAGACAUGCAUCCUGAUAUGAUUUACAACGUCUGCUGGAAUCGCAAUGGCAGUCUCAUCUGCACCGCCUGCAAAGACAAGUCUGUCCGUAUUAUCGAUCCCCGCAAAGAGGAAAUUGUUACUGAAAAAGAAAAGGCACACGAUGGCGCUCGUCCUAUGAGGGCUAUUUUCCUGAAGGAUGGCAAAGUCCUCACCACAGGAUUCAAUCGUAGGAGCGAGAGACAGAUCUCCCUCUGGGACCCGCAAAACAUGGAAGAGCCAAUGACCAUGCAUUGCAUGGAUGCCAGCAAUGGUGUGCUCUUGCCUUUCUACGACCCAGACACCAACAUGGUUUACCUUUGUGGAAAGGGGGACAGCAGCAUCCGCUACUUUGAAAUCACAGAUGAAGAUCCAUAUGUUCACUUCCUCAGCACCUAUGUCACAAAAGAGUCUCAGAGGGGCAUGGGCUGCAUGCCGAAGAGGGGCCUUGAUGUCAACAAGUGCGAAAUAGCUCGAUACUAUAAACUGCUUGAAAGGAAGUGUGAGCCCAUUGUGAUGACCGUACCAAGAAAGUCUGACCUGUUUCAGGAUGAUUUAUAUCCUGACACAGCCGGACCCGACUCGGCUCUGGAGGCUGAAGAGUGGUUUGCUGGCAAGAACGGAGAACCCAUCCUCAUCUCCCUCAAAAAUGGUUAUGUUCCAACCAAGAGCCGUGAGUUCAAGGUCGUCAAAAAGAACAUUUUAGAUGCCAAGGUGACCACGAGCACAGAGAACUCCUCCUCGGGCUGUCAGAACACAUCAAUCAAAUCCGACGCCAAGCUGGAGGAGGUUUUGAAAGAAAUCAGAGCCCUCAAGGACCUGGUCAGCGGUCAGGAGAAGCGACUUGUCGCACUUGAAGAGCAAAUGUCCAAAAUUGCUCUUUAAGGACUCACGUUCCAUUGGCUGGAAACAGGACGUGAACCUUCACUGCCUAUCUCAAUGACAGCCUGAGAUCUGUCACGCAACAUUCCAGAUUAACUUUUCCUUGCCAGCCCUAAACCUCUGCAUAACACAGUUGGAAUAAGGACUUGUUGCAACUUUCGCAGGAAGUGCUCUUUUUUUUUUGCUAACAAAAAAAGCUGUUUCUCCUUCAUUAAUUCACGAAGCAGUUAUUCUUUUUUAAAUCGUCUUCACUUGUAUAAAAUGCCUCUCAUGAUUUUACCUUUUUUGGCAAAAGGACCACAUAUUUCCAGCAAAAGCAUUCCGAUUUUUUUAUAUUCAGUCUAUAUGUUUUGUUGCCAUAUUCCAAAAUGGUGACAUAGACAAAUUGUAAUAUUUGUUUACACAAUGUUCACCCGGAUGAAAUUUUCUUGAGACUGCAAAAAUUAAAAAGCUAUCUACCUAAUUUACUGAAGUUACUCUUACAGCCUAAUUACACACACAAUUGAAAGUAAAAUUACUCCACGCUAGUUAGGUAUUAAUUGUUUUUUUAAUGUGCGGUCCAAUCUGUGUCUUUGGCUUUCUUAAUGUCUUGCCAACACGGACAUUCCAUAUUUACUUGUUGAGGGUGUUUUUUUGUUCUUGUUGUUAAUAUUUUUAUCCAAUUUCUCAUUCCAGCUGUGCUUAUGUCCCUCUUGGCACUUGUUUUUUGCCGAUUCAGCACAUUUAUUGAUAUACAAGAACCCGUAUUCUCUCGAGAGCUUUUUUUAUAAGACCAAUUUUCUUUUUUUCCAUCUACUUCCCAGUGGGAAGAUAAAGACGGGUAAAGGGUAAACGUGUAUGUUAUUCACAUCUGCUAUUUGUUGCCACUCGAAAGCCCUGAAAGUGCCAUAAGGUGCAAUUGUGCAAGUGUUCAUACAGCACUGUUGUGUGUUUGGGUGUGUGUAGUUCAAGUCACGUAGUAAAAGAAAGAUUUGGAAUAAAAAUAAACCACUGAUGGGUGCCAAAAUGUG